GAUUAGUUGUGGAAUCGAACUUUCGUUCAUGCGUAUAAGUGAUAAUGUUAAAUAAACCGGACUGUCACAGCCAUUAAUAAUAAUGACUUGGCGAGCUCAACGCUGAUUGGAUGUCAGUCGGUGAGGUCACCGAAGUUAUCCUCUUCUACUGGUAACGCCCCCUUCAACUUUGCCUAAGCAGUAGAAGUGGUAGUUUUUGUUGACUAAAACUGUUUGUCACACGGUGCAAACUUUUCUGUUCGACCACACUUCUGUCAAAAAGCAUGUGUUAGUGUGUCCAGGUGGGAAGCAUGGAUGGCGUCCGGAGUGCUUCAAGUCCCCAGGAGUCAUUUGUCUACAACAACGGGGACACUGUUGCAUCAGCCUGAAUGUGUCCGUCCAGAAUGUUCCGUAAGCCUCGGUGAUGCCACGGAGCUGCCGAUCCGCCGGGAAGCAAAAUGCACCUUAUCGGAGCUCGCCCCGUGCCCUUUCUGCGAGCCGGGGUCCUCCUUGCAGCAUCACGAGUGCGAUCGGACUUGCCUCGCAGUGCCACCUGCACGCAUGAUUGACAUACCCAGCCCCGUGAGGUCGCCCAGCGGACGCCCUCGCCAUGCGGGCAGUAGCCCAGAUGGGUGCGCUCCGUGCGGGGGACACGCUGACAUGCCGUGUCCCCCGCAGGAUAUCUACAGGGAACCGUCUCAUCUUGCGGACGCCAGGCGCACAGAACUCUCUCCGCCGACUUGUGAGGACUCGGAAGUCUCCGGACCCGGUAGGCCUCAGGUCUGUCCGAGGACCUUCCGUGCAGAGGUAGAACUGAAGAGCGCCCGCAGAGAGGUCCGGGUGGCUCCACUCAUUGGGUCCAAAAAGCCGACCGGUGGCGUUGCUCCUGGUUCUAGAAUGUUCUUCAGGUCCGCCUCGGAGUUCUGCGCGUUCAGGAAAGCCAAGCAAACUAUGAAAGCGCGCACGAAGGGAAAGUCCGCCAGCGAGACGACGACGACGCUGCAGCGCAGGCAGAAGAAAUCUUACCCGUGCCGAGUCUGCGGCAAGCUCUUCCUCCACCAUCUGUCUCUGGACGCUCACUACACGGCCACCUCGUGUGUCGGCGCCGCGCACAAAAGCAAGGCCAAAGAGGCCCACUUAACCGAACACACUCCGAACCAUCGGGCGAAGACCGGCCUACCCGGGAGGCCUACGAAGGCGGAGGAGGCGCGGCUUGACUUCCCCUGCCCCUCAUGCACCAAAGUCUUCCCGCUGCAGUCGCAGCUGAGGGAGCACGCCCAGCUGCACGACUCCUCCCAGGCCAGCAGGGAGUGCAGCGUGUGCGCGCAGGAGGUGCACGCCUUCAAGCGGGCGCCGUCCAGGAGAAAGCGCUCCUACCACUGCCUGCCUUGCCGGGAGGGCUUCUCUGCGCUCGACUCCUUCCUGGAGCAUUGUCAGGAGCACCUGCGAGCCCGGGGGGAUGAUGAGGAGGAGGAGGAAGAGGACGGCGUCGUCAUGGCGGGGUACAAACAUCAAGACGGCUAAGCCUGAGGGACUCCUUCAGGGACUCCUGUUCUGGGGUGGUCCGAUACGAUGUGGAUAUUGGUUUGAUAGCAGCAAAAAACUUAUAUCUGACGGUAUUGGCUUGCAUGGAAAAUGUGCGAUACAAGCAGUCCUGCGGCGUGCUUACUUGUGGGAUAUCAUGUGCGAUACAAGCAGUCCUGCGGCGUGCUUACUUGUGUGAUAUCAUGUGCGAUACAAGCAGCCCUGCAGCGUGCUUACUUGUGUGCGAUACAAGCAGUCCUGCAGCGUGCUUGUGUGAUAUCGUGUGCGAUACAAGCAGUCCUGCAGUGUGCUUACUUGUGUGCAAUACAAGCAGUCCUGCAGUGUGCUUACUUGUGUGUGAUAUCAUGUGCGAUACAAGCAGCCCUGCAGCGUGCUUACUUGUGUGCGAUACAAGCAGCCCUGCAGCGUGCUUACUUGUGUGCGAUACAAGCAGUCCUGCAGCGUGCUUGUGUGAUAUCGUGUGCGAUACAAGCAGUCCUGCAGUGUGCUUACUUGUGUGCAAUACAAGCAGUCCUGCAGUGUGCUUACUUGUGUGUGAUAUCAUGUGCGAUACAAGCAGCCCUGCAGCGUGCUUACUUGUGUGCGAUACAAGCAGCCCUGCAGCGUGCUUACUUGUGUGCAAUACAAGCAGUCCUGCAGCGUGCUUACUUGUGUGAUAUCAUGUGCGAUACUAGCAGUCCUGCAGUGUGCUUACUUGUGUGUGAUAUCAUGUGCGAGACAAGCAGUCCUGCAGCGUGUUUACUUGUAAGAUAUCACAUGCGAUACAAGCAGCCCUGCAGCGUGCUUACUUGUGUGUGAUAUCACGUGCGAUACAAGCAGUCUUGCAGCAUGCUUACUUGUGUGUGUGAUGUCACGUGCGAUACAAGUGUACGAUGUGCUUGACUUGUCCGUUAGUUUUCAAAAAGCUGCUGGGAAAUAAGUUUUGUUUUCGAAAAUGAUGAAAUACAUUACGUUGUUUUUUUUUGCCGUCAUUAAACUGCCUCAAAUGA